UUACCAGGGCGGAAGGGAAUACAAAUACAAAUACAGAAGAAGAUGAAGAAACAGAAAGAAGGCUGAGAGAGGAAGAAGAAGAAGAAAGUAAGACCAGUGGUGAAGCCGGUCAUCAUUGAAUAGGUCAAGCCCAACACUCUCAGCUUCCCUAUUGGAUUCUAAUGGCGGAGGAGGUUGCUGACCCCAAAGAUACUUCUCACACCUCCAACACUACUCGUUCUAAUUCCAAUUCCGAUCCAGAUGGGAAUCGUCUCGUCCGUGUCUACGCCGAUGGGAUCUACGAUCUCUUCCACUUCGGCCAUGCUCGCUCUCUUGAGCAAGCCAAGUUAUCGUUCCCUAACACCUAUUUGCUCGUUGGUGUUUGCAAUGAUGCUACCACUCACAAGUUUAAAGGGAAAACUGUUAUGACGGAGUCCGAAAGAUAUGAAUCUCUUCGCCAUUGCAAGUGGGUGGAUGAAGUCAUUCCUGAUGCACCUUGGGUGGUCAAUGAAGAAUUUCUUGACAAGCAUAAUAUUGACUAUGUAGCCCAUGACUCUCUCCCUUAUGCUGAUGCUAGUGGAGCUGGAAAGGAUGUAUAUGAAUUUGUCAAAGCCGUUGGCAGGUUUAAGGAGACAAAACGAACUGAGGGGAUAUCGACAUCGGACAUUAUAAUGAGGAUUGUAAAAGAUUAUAACCAGUAUGUGUUGCGUAACUUGGAUCGUGGGUAUACUAGAAAAGAGCUUGGCGUUAGUUUUGUGAAGGAAAAACGAUUGAGGGUGAACAUGAGGUUGAAAAAGUUACAGGAGAAAGUGAAGGAACAUCAAGAAAAAGUAGGAGAAAAGAUUCAGACUGUUGCUAUGCAUCGUAAUGAAUGGGUUGAAAAUGCUGAUCGCUGGGUUGCUGGAUUUCUUGAGAUGUUUGAAGAAGGUUGCCAUAAAAUGGGCACUGCCAUUAGAGAUCGAAUUCAAGAGCGCUUAAGAGGCCAGCAGUCGGCAGGUCUCCUGGAAAAUGGUAAGGCGGUUACUGAUGAUGAUGCUGAAGAAUAUUAUGAUGAUGAAGAUGAAGAAUAUUAUGAUGAGGAAGAAUAUUAUGACGAUGAAGAAUAUUAUGAAGAGGUAUACGGGAAAGACCCAAAUAAUGAGAAAGAGGGAAAUGAUAAAGGAAAGAGUGAGAAAGAAAAGGAUGAGAAAGAACAUACUGACAAAGAAAAGAAGUAGGGACUCCUUUCCAUGCUUGCAGUAUAUAUAUUGGUUGCCGCACCGUCACUGCUUGUUCAUGAAGGUUUGUAAACUACUAUACAAUUACUUUCUGGUGGUGAGACAUGAUUCCCUGAAGUUGCAAAGGGAAACUCCAGUCACUCAAAACAUACUUGUAGUGUAAUUUCUGCCUUUUAUCGUCAAUCUCCAGUGUGGUUAGAGUUUCUUAAUCAUAUGGCACCCAGUUAUAGAUGAUGCUUUUCGUCUUUGAAUUUCUGCUUGCCAACAGCAGACUUGAACUUUUGGUUUUCCUGAUGAGCCAUGCAAAAAGAGCCUAUAAGUCGCAAUACUCUUGUUAAAUAGAAAAGGUUUAGAUCAUGUCAGCUUUACUUGUCUAUUGAAAGUGAUUUGUUCA